AUAUGGCUGUUCCUUGUAGGGAAUAAGGUGGACAAGACGGACACAUCCUACAAUCAGAUGUUUCCUACUUCAUCUCCAGACAGUCCUGGUCACUGCAUGGCUCUUGGGCACUGCAUUCUGGGGAGGCGUAGUGACCUGUGAACAUCCUGCAUGUGAUGGCAAGGUGCUGCCUGGCCCGGACUGUUGCUGUGGUAUCUCUCACUGUAACUCUGUCUGCUGUUGCUGUCAGGUACCCUAGCUGCCAAGUCUUCCACCCACUGCUCCAUCCUUUCAGACAGCUGGCUUACAGGUCAAUACCAGUACAUUGUUUCCAUUUUUAUCCUGUCAGCAUGCUUAGCGGUUACCAUCCAAAUGAGAAUGUUCACAACAAAGCUCGCACCUCCCCAUAUCCAGGGUCAAAUGUUGAGCGCAGCAAAGUACCUACUGAUAAAGUGGACUGGCUAGUUGAGUGGGAGGAUUACAAGCCUGUGGAAUACACUGCAUCCUCUGUCUUGGCUGGACCCACAUGGGCAGAUCCACAGAUCAGUGCCAAAAACUUUUCUCCCAAAUUCAACGAGAAGGAUGGACAAGUGGAGAGGAGGAGUCUGCUUGGCUUGUAUGAGGUUGAAAAUGGAAGGCCCAGAAAUCCUGGAGGCAGGACUGGACUAGUGGGUCGAGGAUUAUUGGGGCGCUGGGGACCAAACCAUGCUGCAGAUCCUAUUCUAACUAGGUGGAAGAGAGAUAGCAGGGGCAAUAAAAUAAUUCACCCUAUCUCUGGCAAGAACAUUUUACAGUUUGUAGCAAUCAAGAGGAAAGACUGUGGGGAAUGGGCCAUUCCAGGGGGUAUGGUAGAUCCGGGAGAGAUUAUUAAUGCCACACUGAAACGAGAAUUUAGUGAGGAGGCCUUAAACUCCUUACAGAAAUCCAGAGUAGAGAAGGAAAAGGUGGAGAAGCAAAUGAACAGACUCUUCAACCAGGAACAUUUUGUGGUGUAUAAGGGAUAUGUGGAUGAUCCUCGUAAUACAGAUAAUGCCUGGAUAGAGACAGAAGCUGUGAACUACCAUGAUGAACCUGGUGAGAUGAUGGAUAACUUGCUUCUGGAAGCAGGAGACGAUGCUGGGAAGGUGAAAUGGGUUGAUAUCAAUGAGAAACUCAAACUAUAUGCAAAUCAUGGUGACUUUAUCAAGCUUGUAGCCGAGAAAUGGGGAGCACACUGGAAUGAAGACCCUGUUCCAUAAAGCUUAUGGAAUCCAAAUAUAAACUGAAACUUUAUUUAGAAAAAGGCCAUCUUUUGUGUAUUCAGUUUUGUUAGUUUUCAGUACUAAGAAUAAACUAUUCUUACAUAUUA